CGCCUCAGCCUCCCAAGUUCUAGGAUUACAGGCAUGAGCCACCGCACCCGACUGUAUCUUGCCCUUUAUAUGGCAGUCUUCUAUCUUCCUUUCCCUCUUUCUCUGCUAGACUCUUCAUGUAGUCCCCUAGCUAUGACCAGUUUGCAUGGGGGAGAGGGUAAGUAAAAGACAGGGGAGUUAAGGUCAGCCAAAAGAAUCUGCCACGUACCGUGUUGAAAUGCUACAUUGAGCUCUGGAGCUGCAGAGAUGAAUAAAGUUGGGUUUCUGCCCUGGAGGGGUGAAUAGUCUAGUAAGGAAAAAUAGUGUGUAAAAAACUCACUUCCAGUGUGGUGUAACUCCUAUGAAAGAACUCCUAUGAAAGUUAAGCACUGGGAGCAAAUGAAGUGCAGAGGCAGGAGGGCCCUGUGGCUGCCUUUCGGUGAAGAGAGGAUGUUGCAUGCAGGAAGCUCUAUGAGCCUGUCUUCAGGGUUGCCAGAACAAAGGGGAUUUGGUGAUGGAGGCUUUGUUAGAAAGAAUGCAAAAUCGAGGGCAUGGUGGGGGAUUUUUGACAUCGUGUGAAGCAGAACUACAGGAGCUCAUGAAACAGAUUGACAUAAUGGUGGCUCAUAAAAAAUCUGAAUGGGAAGGACGGACACAUGCUCUAGAAACUUGCUUGAAAAUCCGUGAACAGGAACUUAAGACUCUUAGGGGUCAGUUGGAUGUGACACAUAAAGAGGUUGGAAUGUUGCAUCAGCAGGUAGAAGAACAUGAAAAAAUCAAGCAAGAGAUGACCAUGGAGUAUAAGCAGGAGUUGAAGAAACUACAUGAAGAAUUAGGCAUACUGAAGAGAAGCUACGAAAAGCUUCAGAAAAAGCAAAUGAGGGAAUUCAGAGGAAAUACCAAAAAUCACAGGGAAGAUCGGUCUGAAAUUGAGAGGUUAACUGCAAAAAUAGAGGAAUUCCGUCAGAAAUCACUGGACUGGGAGAAGCAACGCUUGAUUUAUCAGCAACAGGUAUCUUCACUGGAGGCACAAAGGAAGGCUCUGGCUGAACAAUCAGAGAUAAUUCAGGCUCAGCUCGCCAAUCGGAAACAGAAAUUAGAGUCUGUGGAACUUUCCAGCCAGUCAGAAAUUCAACACUUAAGCAGUAAACUGGAGCGGGCCAAUGACACUAUCUGUGCCAAUGAGUUGGAAAUAGAGCGCCUCACCAUGAGAGUCAAUGACUUGGUUGGAACCAGUAUGACUGUCCUGCAGGAGCAGCAGCAAAAAGAAGAAAAAUUGAGGGAAUCUGAAAAACUAUUAGAGGCUCUGCAGGAAGAAAAGAGAGAAUUAAGGGCAGCUCUUCAGUCUCAAGAAAAUCUCAUCCAUGAGGAAAGAAUGCAGAAGGAGAAGUUACAAGAAAAAGUAAAGGCAACUGACACUCAACAUGCUGUAGAAGCUAUAAGGCUACGGGAAGAAUCUCUGGCAGAAAAGAAGUAUACCUCUCAAGGGCAGGGGGACUUAGACAGUGUGCUCUCGCAGUUGAAUUUUACCCAUACUAGUGAGGAACUUCUGCAGGCAGAGGUGACUCGUCUUGAAGGCAGUUUGGAAUCUGUGAGUGCAACGUGUAAACAGCUGAGUCAAGAACUAAUGGAAAAAUACGAAGAAUUAAAGAGGAUGGAAGCACAUAACAAUGAAUACAGAGCAGAGAUUAAGAAGUUGAAAGAACAGAUUUUACAGGGUGAACACAGUUACAGUUCUGCAUUAGAAGGAAUGAAGAUGGAAAUCUCCCAUCUAACUCAGGAGUUACAUCAGCGAGAUAUCUCUAUUGCUUCCAUCAAAGGUUCUUCCUCAGACAUGGAAAAGCGACUCAAAGCAGAGAUGCAAAAGGCAGAAGAAAAAGCAGUAGAGCAUAAGGAGAUUUUGGAUCAGCUGGAGUCACUCAAAUUAGAAAAUCGUCAUCUUUCUGAAAUGGUGAUGAAAUUCGAAUUGGGUUUACAUGAGGCAAAAGAGAUUUCACUAGCAGAUCUCCAGGAGAAUUAUAUUGAGGCAUUAAGUAAAUUAGUGUCUGAAAAUCAACAACUACAGAAAGAUUUGAUGAAUACCAAAUCUCAGCUGGAGAUUUCUACUCAGAUGUGCAAAAAACAAAAUGACAGGAUCUUUAAACCAACACACAGCAGAACAACUGAGUUCAAGAAUACAGAGUUCAAGCCAACCCAUGGCCAGCACAGACAUGACGGAAUAAAGACUGAGCACUACAAAACAGGUCUUCAUUCUCCAAGAGGACAAGCGUCGGAUAGUAUAGACCCCAUGUCUAGGGUGCUAAGCCCCCUGAGUCCUCAAAUCAGCCCUUGCAGCUCCACCAGGUCUUUGACUUCCUACUGUCUGUGUAAAAGUCACUCUUUGCCUUCAGCGCUAGAUACAAAUGAAGCCAAUUUUUCUGACACUGUGUCUGAGAGUAUGAAUGACCAAGAAGAGUUUAUGUCUUCGUGUUCUUUGCCUGUUUCUCCCCUUGGUUCAAUAGCUACUAGAUUUUUGGAAGAGGAGGAACUGAGGUCUCAUCACAUUCUAGAGCGCUUGGAUGCCCAUAUUGAAGAACUAAAAAGAGAGAGUGAAAAGACAGUGAGACAAUUCACAGCCUUAAAGUAGCCUCUUAAAAAAAUCACAAUCUUGGAAAUAAAAAGAAACACCAAAGAGUUACUGUCAUCUGGAGUAGCAGCUCUUUAAAAACAUGAAGAGAUAAAAUUAUAAAAAUGAUACAUGUAAAGCAGUGGUGAAGAAAGCUGAAAAACCGAUACUUUUGAUAGGCAUUUUCUCUGCACUGGUUUGUUUGAAGGACUUCCUCCAGCGAUAAGUUGUGAGAAUAAACCACUUUGCUAGACUUUUUUCUCAUAUGAAUAUGUAUUAUCAUAAAGUGAUACUUAUCUUGCUGACUUAAAUGUGAAUAGCUGUGUACUAAUUGAAAUAAGGAUUUUAUGAUACAUGUUGAAAAUAAAGUAACUGCAGGAACUUUCUUUAAGGGAAAUGUGUAGAAGCAUGGAUUAGGGGUCAGACUUAUCUGGAUUGAUAGACUGGUUUUGCCACUUACCAUCCAACUGGGCUGGUUAUUUACUAGGCUGGUAGCCCCUCUUAGCCAAGGGGCUGGUGGUGUAUAAAGUCAGGCUGGCAGUGAAUAAGCGGGGUAGGCUAAAGAACCUUAGCAAGCAGUCCUCUCUUGCUCAGCACUCAUGCAGAGGAGAGAGGCAGGGAGGGCAAGGGACUGGCUUUCGUGCGUGGUGCCCAUGGAAUAUCCAUUGGAAAUCAAUGUUCAGCGUCUGCACUGCUGAGGACAAGUUUAGAUGGGAGAUAAAGAUCUGGAUGUUGAUGUGCCAGAAGCAUUUGAAAUCAUGGGAGGUGAUAAGAUCCACCAGGGAGGCUGUGGAGAGAGAGAGGAGCAGGAGGCUGGGUUUGGGGCCCUGAAAGAUGCCAGCAUCUGAGGAUCACAGGAAAUAGAUCUAGCAAAGGAACUAGAAUGUGAGUUACAGAUGAGACAGGUCAGUGUAGUGUACUUGCCAACUCAAGGGUAUGGCCCCUGUGAAUCCUCUUUCUCUAGUGGAUCUUUCCCAUUAGCAUAAAGCAUCCUGUUAUUUCCCCUUUUUUAAAAAAACCUCAUUUUUUUUUAUACCUCUCUAUCUACUGCUCUGUGUGUUUAUUUGCUUCCCUUCACCCAAACACUUCUGGAAAGAAAUGUCUGCAGUGACUCUUUCCAGUUUCUCACCUCGCCCCACCGCAGUUCUCUUCCUAACCCUCUCUACCACCAUUUCCAUCCCAGACUGCUUUCUUGCUCUUGAGUUCACCAGUGACCUAAUCAGCGUCUGAGCAUCAUUCAGCACAGCUGGACUCUCUCUUGGCUUCUAAGACCUGGAACUUCUGGUUUCAUCUCUACCUCAUCCUCCACUCCAUCUCAUGGCUUUUCCUCUUCUAACCUCUAAGUCAGAGGGCCCCCUAGAGCUCUGUCAUGGGUUUUCUCCCUCAGCAUUCUCUUCCCUAGAAGUUUCCAUUCCAAUCUCAAGCUCUUAAUGCCACUUACAGGCCAGUGACCCUUACAUUUAUUACUAAUCUUGACCUCUCCCAGAGCUGCUGUCUUAGAUACCUAGCUGCUUAUGCGAUGUCUUCACUUGGAUGUCUGACAAACAUCUUGUUUCCAAGAGAGAACUCUUUAUUCUCCCUCUUGCUAAGAUUCCAUAUCAUAGCAUUAUGUUUGCCUGUUCCUAAGAAUUGCUCAUAAUUCCUUCCUUACCCACGUCUGCAUAUCCAGUCCUUUGGGAGGUCCUGAAUCUUCCCCCAGAAUCUUAUCUCAGACCCAACCAUUUCCCUCCUGCACUUCUACCACCUGAUCCAGACUACUUCUCUCUCACCCUGAUUCUGGCAGUAGCCUCCUAACUGAUACUACUCACACCAGUAAUUCAGGGAACUUCUGGAGUUAUCCUUUAGAAUUGUAAAUGAAACAGUGUCACCACUACUUCCCUUUAGACUCUUCCAAGGCUUCUCUUUUUUUUUGAUAGAGAUGGAGUUUCACUGUGUCGCCCAUGCUGCAGUACAGUGGCAGGAUCUCGGCUCACUGCAAUCUCUGCCUCCCAGGCUCAAGUGAUUCUUCUGCCUUAGCCUCCCGAGUAGCUGGGAUUACAGGCGCAUGCCACCAGGCCCAACUAAUUUUUGUAUUUUUAGUAGGGUUUCACGAUGUUGGUCAGGCUGACCUCGAACUCCUGACCUCAAGUGAUCCACCUGCCUCAGCUUCCCAAAGUGCUGGGUUACAGGCGUGAGCCACUGUGCCCAGUCCCAAGGCUUCUUACUGCACUCAGAAUAAAAUCCAAAUGAAUUAGUAUAGCCUACAGGGCCUCAAUAAUCUGGGCCUAAUCUCCCAUUGCAUCAUCCUUUACUGUGCUGCACCCAUGCUGUCCUCCUUUAUGUUUAUUGAGUGCAACAAGCUUUAACCUGUUAGGGUCUUUGACUUACAGUUUACCCUGAAUAUUCCCUUUCUCUUACCUCACCUGUGAUUGGCAUUUUCCCCCUUGCAGGCCUGCACUCUGGCAUCCUCUCAUGAGCAAGCCUUCUUUGACUGCCGCCUCCCAAACCUGCUUCUCCCCAUUUCUCUAGCUCAUUGGCCUGCGUUAUUUCCUUCAUAGUGCCCACCACUAUCUGAAAUCAUUUCAUUACUUGAUUUGUGUUUGUAUUGUCUAUUUCUGCCGUUAGAAUUAAAACUCCUUGAGGGCAAGAAAUUUGCAUCUGGUUCAUGGUGGGAUCCUCAUUACCCGGCACAAGCCCAGCACUUAGGAGAGGCUCAGCUAGUUCGAACCAAUGGAAAAUGCCAUUCCUGAGGUGCACCACAUCAUUUCUUUCGUGUUGGUGUACAUGCUGUCCUUCAGUUUGCCUCCUCUUCCCAACCCUGUCAUGUGCUCUUGAAACUCCCUAUUUACUUGGCUACUUUAUCUGGCUUGGCAAAGCUUUCCCCUGUACUCUGACCCACAUCGGGGAACAUUUCUCCUCAUUGCUCUCACAGCACCCUGUGUGUGGCCCUGACCAGACUGUGCUAUCCUCUUUGAUUUCUAUCUCUCAGGGGCUAGGUCCUGCCUACAUCCUCAGUCAGCAUGCUGCCUAACACGUAACAUCCUAAGCAAAUACUGGGUGGAUGAAAAUCACUGCUAUUCAAGGCUUCAUUGUAUUUAUCAGUAAAACUGAAAUAACAUCUAAUGGGGUCGAGAAGAUUUACUGAAAAUAUGUAUCUGAAAGGGCUUUGCAGAUUUUCUAAAAGUACUGUACCUAUGUGCAUUGCUAUUCAGGAGAUUUUUGAGUUUUAGACAGUCCCAAGCUUCAGCUUAAAAUCUGUAGACUGCAACCCGUUUCUGAAAUGUUUGUACUACAUGUUGACUAGGAGGAACAAUGACAGACUCUAGUCACCGGAAAUACUUAAGGAAUCAUGAGGUACUAUGUAUUUCCUUAAAUUUGUACUGUUUUUUAAAGCUGAAGUAUUUAGUCAUUAAUGGGUUAUCCAAAUUUGUCAGAAAAUUCUACUGUAAUUUAAUGUCUCACCUUCAUUUUUCAAAAAGAUAUAUUAAUACCAAAUAUUAAAAUGUGUCAAGACUAAAUCUGAGUUAGUGUCUUAACACACAUUUUCCAAAAUCUCUCAGAGAUCAGGGUACCCAAAUGAGAUGAAAAGAUUAGGGAUCAGUAGUCUACUUUUGGUGUUUACAGAUAAUGUUUUAUUGGGCAAGUCAUCUCAUUCCUCUUGUCCUGGAUUCCCAAUGAAUUUUCAUCUGGAUUCCUAUGCAGAUUUUAGCUGAAGAGGGUAAAGUUGACUUCCCACUGUGGGCUGGACGUUACCUUCCCUUGCAGCCUCAUUUGAUCUCAGCAAGUGUAGAAAAAAUACUACAGCACUCUGUGUUUCUAUGACAUCUGCUUAAACCCAAACAAUUCUUACCUUCUCUGUCUUACAUACACGUAACACCUGGUAAAGCGUGGGUGAAGAUUUUCUGUUUGCAAAACACUCGAGUCCAGUACUGAAAAGUUACAGAUAAGAAAGAUAACUAUAAAAUAAGCUCUAUGGCAUGAGAACAUAGGUUAAGCAAACAGUUGUCAUGAACAGCAUUGAAAUGUAGAAAAAGUUAGAAAUGUGUCAGCUUGUCCCAAAACAGCUUGAAAUAGUAUAAAUGCAUCAAAAAGAAACAAACAGAAUCAGGGCAGAGGAAAAAUGAGGGCCGUAAACAUUGAUUCACUAAUGAAUCUAGUUACCCAGUUCAGUUGCCAGAGGAAGGCAGCCAAGUUACCUCUGAGCUUCAGAUGGGGAAAAGCAGAGAAGAAAACAUUUACCUAAAAGUUUUAUGGUACUCAUAAGAUUAAAAAAAAAAA